AUGGUGGCGCUUGGCGGCAGUGAAGCUCUAGGGCAGCGCGAGGACGAUGGGUGCGGGCACGAGAAUGAGGUAGGGCUCGGCAGAGGGAGGACAUGGCAGAGGAAGGCAACGCGGAGCAGAGGCACGGAGUGGGGUGAGGAGAUCGGGCGCAGACGCGAGAGGAUUUGCGGUCUGCGUGCGGUUCCUGUGGGUGGCGGCGUGAGGAAGAUGGAGAUCGAGGAGAGGGAUCAAUGGAGAAGGGGUUCGAGCGUGGCUGGGCCUAGGGUUAAGCAGCGGAGGCUGGCUGGGCCUUGGCCUUGGUCCGGCGCGAGGAAGAGAGUUCCAGGCUGCUGGGCUGAACAUUGA